AGAGGACAUAAAACAUUCAAAACAGCAGAAACAGAUUCUUCUUGUUCUUCUUACAAAAAAAUGGAAAUGGCGAUGAGUUUUGUGUAUCCACCACCUCCGUCAAUGUUGCUCAACACUAUGAGCGUCGUGGGCUUAGCCGCUCUAGCGCAGAUAGGUUGGUCUGAAGUGAGAGGAAACCAUCUCAAAUACUCCAAAUUCGCAUCAUCAUCUACAUCAUCACCACAACCACAAAAGCACAGAUUCGGCACCUUCUCCAGCCGAAUCGGAAUGCUUUUGCUAUACACACCAGCCUUCCUAGCCGCCGCAGCUUCUUUCUUCGUCUUACCUUCCGAUGAUCUCAGGUUUCUCCUCAUCAAAUCCGCUCUCGCCCUCCAUUUCCUCAAAAGAAUCUUCGAGGUUCUGUGCAUCCACAAGUACAGCGGAGAGAUGGCUGUAGACUCAGCCUUCAUCAUAACCAGCAGCUACUUCUCAUCCACGGUGUUGAUGCUAUACAGCCAAAGCUUCACACUAGGACUAACCGAGCCGGCUUUCGAUACGAAACUCAUCGGGAUUGUCAUGUUCGUGGUGGGAAUCGUUGGGAAUCUGUAUCACCAUGUUCUGCUAGCUAAGCUAAGGAACGAGGAAGGCGGGAAGAAAGUGUACAAGAUACCAAAAGGUGGUCUGUUCGACACGAUCAUAUGCCCUCACUACCUGUUCGAGAUCAUUGUGUUUUGGAGCUUCUUUAUGGUUUCUCAGACCAUUUACUCGUUUUCUUUCGCCAUGGGAACCACUUUCUAUCUCGUUGGUCGGAGCUACGCUACUAGAAGAUGGUAUCUUUCCAAGUUUGAUGACUUCCCGAAGCAUGUCAAGGCUCUUAUUCCUUUUGUAUUCUAGACAUAUUUGUUGUAUGUUUGUUUCUAUUACAAAAUUCUUGUUGGUCUUUUGAUUAUUUUGUUGUCAAAUUUACAUUUUAUUCGUUCGUGAUUUAAAAUUUUAAAUGAAUAAAGGUUUACGAUUUUAAGACAA